CAGUCUAACAAAUGGAGCCCACUGAUUCACAGAUGUAAAUCCAGCGCGACUUAGUUCAGUACACAAACGCUUAGAGAUUAGCGAACGACAAAACGCGGCACAAUGGAGAAUAUUGCAGAGAUCCUGAGGCAGCUGCAACGCUUCUCCACUGCAGACUAUGCAGCCUUUGUGGCAAUGUUUUUGCUUUGCAUUUGCAUUGGCAUUUACUUUGGCUUUAUGAAUAAAUCCGUCAACGAGGCGGAUUAUAUGCUCGGUGGUCGUAAGAUGUUGGUGGUGCCUAUUGCCUUCUCGCUGGUGGCCAGUUUCAUUUCAGGCAUCACGCUGCUGGGCUUACCCACUGAGGUUUACUCCUAUGGCACGCAAUAUUUGUAUGUUGGUUUGGGUGUGGUAGGAAUGGGCGUUGUUAUGGCUGUGUUCUACUUGCCAGUAUUCCAUGAUUUGAAUAUUACAUCUACCUAUGAGUAUCUAGAAAUUCGCUUUGAUCGCCGCUUGCGCUUGUUUGGAUCUGUAAUGUUUGCCAUAAUGAAUAUAGCUUACCUGCCUAUAGUUAUAUAUGUGCCCGCCUUGGCUUUCAAUCAGGUAACAGGCAUUGGCGUGCACACCAUCACGCCCAUUGUUUGCAUCAUUUGCGUCUUUUACACCAGCUUGGGUGGUCUCAAGGCUGUGGUCUGGACAGAUGUAGUGCAAGCCAUAUCAAUGCUGGGCGCUCUGGCAUUAGUGGCCAUUAAAGGGAGCAUGGAUAUUGGUGGCUUAGAUGUGGUAGUAAAGCGUGCUUGGCAAUCUGAGCGAAUUGAAGCGCCAGAUUUCAACAUUGAUCCCACAGUGCGUCAUACAAUUUGGUGCCUGUUUAUAGGCGGCACUGUCUACUGGACACAAACCAAUGCCGUGUCCCAGAAUAUGAUACAACGCUAUCUGUCGCUGCCCACGCUGGCGGAUGCACGCCGAGCUUUGUGCUACUUUUGCUUUGGAGUUUUACUGCUGAUGGCGCUAUGUGGUUACAAUGGAUUGCUGAUCUAUGCUACCUAUCAAAACUGUGAUCCGUUGACCACAAAGCUCGCUAAGGCGCGUGAUCAGCUCUUGCCGCUGUUUGUGAUGGACACGCUGGGUGAACUGCCUGGCAUGACGGGUCUGUUUAUCGCAGGCGUCUUUAGUGCUGCGCUCAGCUCACUCUCCACCUGCCUCAACUCCAUGUCCGCUGUGGUGCUGGAGGAUUUUGUUAAGCCCUACGUUAAGCAGCCACUUUCGAGUCGCGCUACCAAUUGGAUUAUGCGGCUGGUUGUUGUUGGCGUCGGUGUGCUCUGCGUUGCCUUGGUUUAUGUUGUUGAACACUUGGGUACUGUCCUGCAGUUGACUAUGAGCCUGGAAGCUAUUACGAAUGGUCCGCUUUUUGGCAUCUUUACUAUUGGCUUGUUUAUGCCUUGGAUUAAUGGUCAUAGCGCCAUGCUGGGUGGCUGUGUAAGUGUCGUGGUGAUGUUUUUCAUCAGCUUAAAUGCACAAUGGGCUAUUGCUUCGGGUGCUAUACAAUACCAAACAAAGCCUCUAAGUGUAAAUGAAUGUGGUUAUAGCUUCAACGCCUCUGCCUUGGUUGCCAGCGCUGUCAACCAAACACUAACUAAAGGACCUACUGCUGCCGACAUAUUUCCUUUGUAUCGCAUAUCGUACAUGUGGUAUACAACUGUCGGCGCUUCGGUAGCCAUACUUGUUGCCUGCCUGAGCACCUUAAUCUUUGGCACCAACAAUCCCAACAAAGUGGAUCCUGUGCUGCUUACCCCCUGCAUACGAAAGUACUUCAGCUACGAUGAGCAGCCAGCAAAGGAAGCUACAAAGGCGGACAUUCCAUUGGACUAUAAGCUACGCAGUGAUGAGGUAGCUUUAUAAACAAAUAUUAAGAUAAUUUUUAUGCCGUUUUAUAUUUUUAUUUAAUGUGUAAUAAAAUAUGUGUA